UGGGCUUUCACUGGCUCCAGAGAGCCUGUCACUGUUGACUUGAGCUGCAGAGCCUCCCUUACCAACUGCAGUCAUAUAAAGCCUUUGGAGGCAAACUCCCAGCUGCCCACCGCAACCAUGAACAUGGCUCUCCUUUUGGUCCUGUUGGCCACCUACUUGGCCCUGCAGCCAGGUGCUGCCCUGCAGUGCUAUUCAUGCACCGCGCAGGUGAGCAAUACAGACUGUCUGAACGUGCAGAACUGCAGCCAGGGCGAGAACAGUUGCUGGACGUCACGCGUCCGGGCCAUUGGACUUGUGACAGUCAUCAGUAAGGGCUGCAGCUCAAACUGUGUGGACGACGCGGAGAACUACUACGUGGGCAAGAAGAACAUCACGUGCUGCUACUCCGACCUGUGCAACGUCAGUGGAGCCCACGCCCUGAAGCCAGCCACCACCACCCUGGGGCUGCUCACUGUGCUCUGCAGCCUAUGGCUGUGGGGCUCCAGACAUCUAUAGGCUCUGGAGGGGGGCACUACAGCCUCUACUAGACAGGGAUACCCCGCCACCACUCCUAACAUCCACACAAGGCUGGCCUUUGCCCUGCCCCUCCUGGAGCUCCCUUGUCUCUGCAGCUUCUGUUUCUACAGCUGGCACCUUGCCCACCCCUCCCCGCCCCCACCAGCACCACACCCCACCAGUUCUGCUCGGGUACUUCUGCUGCAGGACUCCCUCACCACCCCCACUCUCCGGGAGCUGAGUCGAUCUUUACAGCAGCAUUUGGGAAGGGCCUGGUGAAGCCUGAAAUGAGCUAGACUGGUCAGAAAAGAAGCUGGGAGGUGGGUGUGAGGGACUGGGAGUCCUAGGAGACGAGUCUGGUGGGGGGAACCUGCCCCAUGUUUAUAGAGCCCCAGAACACAGUAGGCCUGUAAUAAAUACCUGUCGGGUUUAAGUCUGAGAGAGCUUCUGUCCUUAAGCAGCCCAUGAUGAGCCUGGCCUCCAUCUGGGUAAUGUCUAUCAGGGGUCAUGAACAUACCAUUGACCUUAGGGGUUAGAAGCCUGGUCUUGGUAGGAACACAUAUGUGAUGGCACCUGGCAGGAGGUAGGACUGCAUAUCUCAGGACACCCGCCCUUGUUGUACGGAGUGCAGCACGUAGCCAAGCUUCUCAGAGCCCCGUGUGUUCCUCUACUACCCUCCCAGUGGAAGGAAGCCCCAAGUUUUCAUGGAUAAGAGGAACCCCUAGGAAGGAGAGCUCCCUCUAGCCUCAGUGAAUUUACUGUAAAAAACUAUGUUCUGGUUGGGCAUGGUGGCCCCCAUUUUAAUCCCAGAGCUCGAGAUGUAGAGGCAGGCAAAUCUCCGUGCUUCUGAGGCCAGCUCAGUCUACAUAGCAGUUCCAGGCCAGCCAGGGCUACAUAGCAAGACCCUGUCUCAAACAAACAAACAACAAAAACCUUUGUUCUUAGAGUUGCGUGCUUCUGGCACAUACGAAAUACAAGCACAAGAGUCUCGGAGCAGGCAGCCAGUUGCCCCCAGCCCACACCACGCAGGAGUGUGUGUUCAGCCCACACUCCCGAGUUCCUUCUGCCGUCUGUGUCCACACCAUUAAAAGCUUGGGAGACUCUGUCUACAGGAGGAUAUGCCCAUCCCUCCCAUUCCUGGGAAAACCUUUUUGAAGGAAGCCUGUCUUAUUCCUGGGAAUUGCCUGGACCCUAGGUGGGGAUCUGCAUGGGGAACCUGUUUCUACAGCUGAUGCCCCCACCCCCGUGCCAGUGUUGAGAUAGCAUGAGGAAGUCAAGGAAAUGUCACUCAGCACCUCCCUCCACCUAGUGCCCAGCGGGGCUUUUUCCAGGUGUGACCAGUCACUGGGGCUUACAUCCCUCUCUCAGGGAUCACGGACAUUUAAUAAAGCUUUAAAUUCCUGAA